AAUAUACAAUCUCAAAUUUCAACACAUUAAUUGGUGAGAGAGUAGUUGAAGAAACCAAAUGAACUUUUAUUCUAAUAAACAAAGUACAAAUUGCAAUUAAAUAAACAACCUAUAUUGAACCGGUUGUGUGUGUGUGUUUUUCAAGAUGUAGACCCCUGUAAAGCAGUUUGUACAUAAUUUGAAUAUUUCACAGUUCUUAUCUCUUCCCAAAUGAAAGCGAUAAAACACAAUAACAUAUUGAUGUCACGAUGUUUUGACUACAUUUUAGUUGGUGUUCGUUUUGACUACAUUUUAGCUUGACUUGUAAUAUACGGUAAGCACUACAACAUCGGCUAGUAUUAUCUGUAUAUAAUAGUAGUAAUCAGAGCUGAUCAGAGAGAAAGUGAGGGAAGAAAUAGGCAAGGGGAAAAGAUAUGGAAAAGCAUGAUUAUCUUCCCCUUUUUGAAACAACACCAGUGAAGGGGCGUCUCCUCUUCCGGCUGUAUGCAGCCUCGGUCUUCCUUGGUAUCUGCUUCAUCUGUGCUUUUAGAGUGAGUCACUUUCCAACGGAAGGUAAAGUUGAAAGAUGGGGUUGGAUUGGAUUGUUUGUGGCAGAGCUAUGGUUCUCCUUUUACGGCUUUCUCACUAUUGUUGUAAGAUGGAAUCCUGUCAGCCGUCGGACUUUCAAAGGCAGGCUCUCCCACAGGUAUGAGAAGAAUUUGCCAGGCGUGGACAUAUUCAUAUGUACGGCUGAUCCAACGGCAGAACCACCAAGUUUGGUGAUCAACACAGCUUUAUCACUGAUGGCUUAUGACUAUCCACCGGAGAAACUGAAUAUAUAUUUGUCAGAUGAUGGUGGAUCGGAGUUAACGUUUUAUGCCAUGCUAGAGGCUUCAAGGUUCUGCAAGAUAUGGUUACCCUUUUGCAGGAAGUUCAAGGUAGAGCCAAGAUCACCGGCGGCUUAUUUUGGGUCUGCCGUUGAGCCACUGGAUGAUCCUCUUAACUACAAAGAGUGGUUGUCCGUUAGAGAAUCAUUUGAAGACAUGAUGAUGCGGAUCCAUACCACCACAAAGUUGGGCAAAAUUUCCGAAGAUAUUCGCAAACAACACAAAGGAUUUCGUGAAUGGGAUGUUGUAUCAAGCCGGCGUGACCAUCAGACCAUUCUCCAAAUCCUCAUUGACGGGCGAGACCCUGGAGCUGUGGAUAUUCAAGGGGAACAUUUGCCUACUUUGGUGUAUCUAGCACGCGAGAAAAAACCUCAGUAUCACCACAAUUUCAAAGCUGGAGCCAUGAAUGCACUGAUCAGGGUGUCAUCCAAGAUAAGCAACUGUCCAUUUAUUAUGAAUGUGGACUACGACAUGUAUUCCAACAACUCGGAGUGCGUAAGAGAUGCCAUGUGCUUUUUCAUGGACGAAGAAAAGGGUCACGAAAUUGCUUAUAUACAGCAUCCGCAGCACUUUCAUAACCUCAAGAAGAAUGAUAUUUACGCCAGUUCCCUCCUCGUAGAACAUGAGGUGGAGCUGCCAGGAAUGGAUGGAAAUGGUGGACCUUGCUACAUUGGCUCUGGCUGCUUUCAUAGGAGAGAUGCCCUUUGUGGGAAAAAGUACAGUAAAGAACUAAAACUUAACUGGGAGGAAGUGAAUGAUAAGACUAAAAUUGAAGAAAGUGCAAUUGUCCUAGAAGAAACUUGCAAAGUCCUUGCAAGUUGCACCUACGAACAAAACAAGCAAUGGGGAAAAGAGAUGGGUUUGAAAUAUGGGUUUCCUGUGGAGGAUAUAAUUACAGGACUAUCCAUUCAGUGCAAAGGUUGGAGAUCCGUUUACACCAAUCCAGAAAGGAAAGGCUUCGCAGGUCUAGGUCCAACAACGUUAUUGCAGUCACUUAUACAACAGAAGAGAUGGUCUGAAGGUCAUUUACAGAUCGUCCUUUCCAAGUACUGUCCCCUACUACAUGGACACAAAAAGAUUCCCUUAAAACUCCAACUUUCAUAUUGUCCUUUCAAUAUGUGGGCUGCCAACGGCUUGCCUACACUGUACAUUGUUGUUGUCCCAGCACUUUGCUUGCUCAGAGGUAUCUCCUUAUUUCCUAAGAUAUCAAGUCCAUGGGUGACACCAUUUGUCUACGUGGCAUUUGCUCACCGUGCAUACAGCCUUGGAGAAUUUUUAUGGUUUGGAGGCACAUUGAAGGGCUGGUGUAACCUGCAAAGGAUAUGGGUGUUCAAAAGAACAACAUCCUACUUGUUUGGCUUCUUUGACACAAUCCUGAAGCUGCUGGGGCUUUCAGAGCAAGCAUUUGCCUUGACAGCCAAGGUAGCUGAUGAGGAUGUUUCGGAGAGAUACGAGCAAGAGGUGAUGGAGUUUGGUGCUUCUUCACCCAUGUUUAGCAUCAUAGCAACACUUGCAUUGCUCAACCUCUUAUGCUUGAUGGGGAGUACACUUAAGACGGUUAUUAUAAAGGAUACCAAUAUGGCAGAGGUUUUUGAUCAAUUUGGGUUGCAAAUCCUUAGUUGUUGCCUUUUGGUAAUUAUCAACCUGCCUGUAUACCAAGCUCUCUUCUUCCGGAGGGACAAUGGAAGACUACCUCCAUCAACGACGUACCAGUCUAUGGUUACUGCCCUAUUAGCUUGUGCAAUAGCCGUGUGUUGAACCCCAUUCAAAAGCUAAACAACUCUAUGUCUACAUUUUCAAGACAUUAAAUAACUUAUUUGUUGUUGUUGUUGUUGGUUUUUUUUUUUAAUUGUAUAAUGAAAGGUGAUUUUCUCU